CGGCCGACGGAACGUCGCGCAGCAUUGCCCAACGUCGACGUAGUUUCAGGGCCCGUGUGCCGCAGUACCCGUAGGACGACGGGAUCCGUCGGCGUGUUUACCGCGGCGUUGAAAUCGCGUCGUUUUUAACCAGCCGCUAAACUGACCGUUGUGGUGUGUUUUUGUUUUUUUUUGUCUGUUAUUGUUCUCGCCGUAUCACCAGGCGAGAAAUUUUUGAAACGUUGUUCAACGAUCCGUAGAUUUGUGGAUUUAGUUUUAACGUUUCGGAAAUCCGCGUGAUCGAUAUGUCGCCCGGUUGAUUUUCUAUCUUGGUAUUCGGGUUUCCCCGAUGUUGUAAUAAAGAAAAUAAUAAAGAAAAAGAAACGAAGAAAAAAUGUGUAAAUCCGAUUGUGAAACGAAUUGUGACGAUUUUUUUGAUCGAUUGACAAAUUGUCGGUGAGGAGGAAAAACCGGUGAAUUUUAAGUUAAAUAUACCGGAUAAGACCGUUGAGUUCAUGGUGUCUGAUUUCGAGAUGUAAUAUACGUGCGUCUACUUUGCAGACUCCGAUCGAUGAGGCGCGGGUGGUGUUUUUAUUUUUUCGUUACGUGAAAUGUGUCGUGGGAUCGGUCUCGGCGACGUCAUGAUGCCGAUGAUUGCUUACCCUGUGAUUCGAAUUUACUGAUACAUAUAUGUAUGAUAUACAUUGUGUACGUAUACGUAUACAUAUAGACAACGUCAUUGAAGGGGGAUAUUAAAUCUUCGAGUAUGAUGUCAGCCCGGUUUACUUGCCUCGCUUACGUCACUCUGAUCCUCGUCACGCUUUUGCUGAUCCUCGUUGCGCCAGAAAUCGGAGCGCUCAGGAUGACGGCGCUGCAGAUACCGGAGCACGUGGUUUUCAAUCAGACCGUCACCCUUCAGUGCAAUUUCAAUCUCGAUCGAGAAUUCUUGUACUCUGUGAAAUGGUACAAGGAUGGCAACGAAUUUUACCGAUACGUUCCAGGCGAGACUCCGCCUGUCCAGGUCUUCGAGCUUUCCGGCGUCUCCGUAGACAUCGCAAACUCUACGGAAAAAUCGCUCGUUUUACGCAACGUGGAUUUGUCGAGCACUGGACGAUAUCGCUGCGAAGUUUCCGCCGAAGCCCCGUCCUUUCAAACUGUAUCAGAUCACGCGGACAUGGUGGUCGUAGUUCUGCCGAGUAAAGGACCCCACAUAUCCGGAGGUCGUUCACGUUAUCAGGUUGGAGACACGGUCAGGCUCAACUGCACUUCUGCCCCAUCGAAACCUGCAGCCAUGCUGACUUGGUUCAUAAACGGAGAACCCGCGGACGCGAAGUAUUUGAAAGGUCCUCCUCACAUCACGGGCGUCGAUGAUAGGGGAUUGGAAACGGCGAUGUUGGGUCUGCAGUUUCACGUAACGCCGAAACACCUGAAGCGUGGCGACAUGAAUCUCAAGUGUCUGGCCACAAUCGCGACGGUAUAUUUGCAGAGUAAGGAGGAAAGCGUUAAGGGCGUCGGCGUACCUGCACCGGGACAUUCUGACCCCGAUGAUCGCAACAACGCCCUAAAAGCCCCCGAAAGUAGGGAAACUCGGGCGCAGAGUCACACCCGCAACGAUCUCGCCCACGGUUCCAGCGGUGAAUUCGUUGCGGACUGGUUGUCAUUUCUAUUGCCAGCACUGGCGGCGAUCUUUUUGACACGAUAAUAUUUACCGCUGCACGUACUUCCGUUAUACGUACAACAUCGUGCCGGAGAUAUGAUACAUAAAUAUAAUAUGUAUAAUAAAUACAUGUCAAAGUGAAUCACAAAUAAUCGUUAAUAUAUAAAUCACGUAAGUAUAAUCUAUGAGUGCAGAUACACAUUUAUAUAUAUAUAUAUAUGUAUAUAUAUGUAUAUGUAUAUGUAUAUAUAAAUAUAGGUACACCAUUAUUUAACAUAAUGUAUAGAUAUAUAAAAAUUAUCAAUACAUACUUUUAAACUGUGUUAUUAUGUACCUAUAUAUACACAGAAAUAUAAACAUCUUCGAUGCGAUCCCCUCACGAAGGUUCGUGGGCUUAUUUUAAGCCUGUAAAAAAAUAAAAAUAAAGAUCGAAGCUUGAAACUUCUGUAUUAAUAUAAUACAUAAAAAUAUAUGUAUAUGUAAUAUAACUAUAUAUUACGUAGAUAUAUAGAAAACGUGUAUAUGUAUUAUGUUUAUACGAGCAUUAUACAUAUCGUAUAUUGAUAUGCAUAAAAUAUUCUGCAAUAAGCUCAAAGGAAAAAAGAGAAAGAGAAAGACCGCGCGCACACACACACACACACGAACACACACACACACACACACACACACACACACACAAAGAGACACUAGAAUUUGAAUACCUAAUCAGCUUGAAAUUUCGCUCGACGCUUUACAAUUUUAUAUAGGCUAUUAGGAAUCUUCGAAUGCAAUCAUAACAAGAAUAAUAACAAUAACAACAACAAUAGUAAUAAUAAUAAUAACAAUAAAUAAAUAUUCGAUAAGAAUUUAACAUACGUACGAUAUAUACGUGUAAAAUAUAGUUCAAUAUUUUGUACAUAAAUUUGUAUAACGCCGUAUACAUAUUAUUACUUGUAAUAUCUAUUUAAAGUAUAAUAUACACAGGCAAUUAUACGCGUUUCCUCGCUUUACAUAAACAGAGAGAGAGAGAGAGAGGAAGAGAGAGAGAUGGAGAGAAGUGGGAAGAUAAUUUAUUUAAAAAAACGACGAAAGUCAAGGAAAUUGGGAUAAUACGAUAACUUCGAAGUGAGAGACACGUUGAGACCUAUACACCUAUAAACGUACACUUUACGUAUCGACCGUCCCAUGUAACGUCGUCCGAGGUCAAGUGUCGAUGGGUUUUAUAUUCCAUGCAUCACAUUAUGCGAUAUACGUGUAAGGUAAUAUUUUGCACAUCGCGGAAUAUGUUCACGAAACGAGCGGAUAUGAUGCCUCGUCCGAAAUUGCAGUGAAAUUCGAAUCGCGAGCCGCGGUAUAAUUAUUUAUUGAUUCGGUUUGUUGUUAUUAUCGUUAUUAUAUCGUUACCUGUAUCAUUAUCUAGUAUUACUAUAAACGGCUAACGAGCUCAAUUCCACCAACAUGUUAUACCCAACAAAUACGUGAGAGGAAAUUGUCAUGUCAUAAUUUUUUGUUUGGUAUAAGAAAGAAAAACGAGAAAAAAAAAAUAAAUAAAAUAACAAACAAACAACUUUCUAAAGCCUGAAUCCAAUUUUUUGAUUCCCGCAAGACUUCCCGCGUUUUCAGAACAAUUUCUAUUACCGCAACGCGAAAGGUUUUCUGCAAUUGUAAAUAAAAAAAAUUACGAAAAGUCGUUGCAAAAAUUAUUGCCAAUUGUUCGGUAGAUUGAUUGACUGUCGUAUUGUUUGAAGAUAAUCAAAAGAAUUAAAAAACAAAAAAACAAAAAAAAAGA